GACGACGACGCCCACUUUCCGCAGCGAGCCAUCGAAUGCGCAUUUGGUGAUUUAUCGGAUAGCAGCGGCGAUGUCCUCUCCCCUACUGUUCGUCACCCUCACUCUAUCCGCUUCUCUUCCCUUCUCUUCCCUCUCCUGUUCCGAUCGAUUUGCGUCUCAAAAUCUUUGUAGACUGAAGAAGACAGGCUUUACAUCUGGGAAUCGGUGGAAGGGAUUGAUGGAUUAUGGCUGUGCCGUGAGUUCCUUUCUGACAAGGAUCAAAAUCUUCUUUUAUCAGCCAUUCUUCGAGGCCAUGAGGUUUGGAGAUCUUCCUAGUUGGGCUACUGAUCUUUCUAGAUUGAUUCAGAAAGCUGUAUGCUUCAGUGAAAAAGAUCCUGAUAAUGACCUGGAAUUGGAUUGUGAAGAACAACAAAUAGAUGAAUCCGGACCAUUACCAUUCAAUUUACUGUGGAGAGAACCACUUUUUGAUCAGCUAAUUACAAAUGUGUACCAACCAGGUGAGGGAAUAUGCGCUCAUGUCGAUCUAAUGCGAUUCGAGGACGGAAUUGCUAUCGUUUCGAUGGAAUCGGAGUGUGUUAUGCAUUUCUCCAGAGCUGAUCAAGAAACUCAUUUACAUGAGGCUGAAGCUGGUGAAGAAGGUUCUCUAGUUAGGAUUCCUGUUCUACUGAAUCCAGGCUCUCUUGUAUUGAUGCAUGGGGAAGCGCGUUAUUCGUGGAAGCAUGAGAUCAAUCGAAAAGCGGGAUUUCAGACCUGGAAGGGAAGAGAGAUUGUCCAGAAGAGGAGAACGUCUGUGACAUUGAGGAAGCUCUGUCUCCACAGCGAAGGAUAGUUAAUUUGUUGAUCGGAUUAAUAUAACGGGAAAAAAAGGUUCAAGAUUUUUGUCUAAAGUGUUGGAUUAUAAAGGAAAAUUAACAUUCAUACCACUCAAUUUCUUUGUAUUUACAUUUGUAACAGUUUGGUGUCUUCAACCUGUUCAUGAAUAGUCUACUUCACUUUCAAAAAGUUAGCAGAAGUGAUGUUUUUAAUUUUAUUUAAAGAUUAGAGUGACUUGUAAAUUU